UGUUGACAGUACGUAGUAGACAGCGAACGUCCCAAUGCAAAUGUAACCGAUCACAAGCGGGAAAUAGUUUCGUCGAACCGUGAAUAAUAAAAUAUUAAAAAACUUAUUACUCAAAAUGGGUGUCUGUGAAAGGAUUGCUGUCCUGUUUCUUUUGAUUUCUGCAACUUAUGCUGUUCCUACAGGAGACUUAAAACGGGCUCCAAAGAUCGAUGACGACACGGGAGACCUGAAGGCUGAAUCGUCAGAAAUCAUAUCAGAAGCAGUAGCUCCACCCUCUAAUUUACACAAACAAUCAGAUCUAAUACCAGCUGUUGGUCAAGGAGACCACUCAAUUGAAGUUGUCGGUGAUUCACAAACUUUCUUUCCAUCUUUCGCUAAUUUAUUUGAACCACGACAACAAAACAACUUUAGAUUAGGCUUCGGUAGCCAAGAAGGUGCAUAUAGCCAAAGACCCAAUUCUUAUAGAUCACUCUUAAACUAUCCUCUAUUUGGAAACUAUAAGCCUUUGGAAGGAUUUGGAAAGAGUACACCAGCUUCAGAACCUUUAGUUGACGCUAGCUCCAGCGUCCUAGGCUCUGGAAAUUUUGGUAUUAUUAGAGGAGGCACAUUCUUAGCCCAGAACGAUGAAGAUUCUGAGUAUAACGAUAAUUUUAGUUCGUACUACAACAACGGUCAUGGAAGACCAUCCUUCAAUGUCGGUUAUAUAGCAAACCCGCGACCCAAUUAUAAUCAAGACCAGUUUGCCAAUUUCAGAGACUUUGCUGAUAUAAAUGCACCAUCAAAUUCAGCAUAUUCACAUUACGUAGUCGUGUACGCAAAUAAAAAUGCCACUAUUGACGAAGUUAGUGAAGAAACAAAAAAUGUCUUAACAAAACCUAAGAACAUUUUUGAAACUCUUGAACAGCUAGACACAACUAUUCCGCCGAAAAAGAAAUCAUUAGGAAAAAUUAAGUUAGAAGCAACAAAACAAAAAAUGGUACACAAAAAAGAGCAAUGGAAAAAAGGUAAUUCAAAAUACGUUACCCAAAAACAUGACCCAGAAGAACCAUUAUUGGCGUUAAGUUAAAUCUAGUUUUUAAUGAAAAGACUUGCGUGGUGCACGUGUUCAUAGUGAUAAGAUAGUCGUCUACAAUUUACAUCACUUCGAAGAUGUGAUAAAGGGCUCACUGUCUAAAUUAAUAUAAGGGUAUAUAGUGUGAGUGUUAUUAAGAGUUUUAAUAUGUGGUACGGAAUGACUGAUAUUAUGUGAAAAAUGUUUAAUAAAUUAAUACCUUAAGAA